AUGCAUGGUGGAGACAGCAAAAUGUUCGAAGCACAGCCUGUGAAAAUGUUCCGCAACAAGUGGAAAAAGAGAGCCAUCCGGCGGCACUUGGCCUCGUUGUUGCGGCCAUUCGCGCGAUGGCUUCCGAGAUUUACCUGCGAGCUGCCAUCAUGCUUGUGCUUAGCUGCUCAUCGGCCAACGCCCACAGACACUAACCUCUACGACGUCCUCCGGCUUAUCUACACAAUGUGCGCGGCGGGACCAGCCGACCUGGAGGUGGGCAUCCAGUGCAUGGACCACUACUUGGGCGGCCGAGGCGGCGAGACGGCGGCGGCGGCCCGCAAGUGCCUUGCGUCGUCGCUGGCCGACCUCUGCCUGCGGCACACCGACGUGGGCGCCUGGAGGGCCAACAACUCGCUGCCGCCCCCGUCGCUCACAGGGAUCAUCAGCCUCUCGGGUCUCACGAAGAUGAUGUGCAUCAUGGGCGAGAGCAAGGCCAACGUCCCGAGGUGGCAGUCUGGGUUUUCUAAAUGCUUCCCAAAGGAGGAGGACUGGCUGGCGUCACAAAAGGCGCUGUGGUUUAUUGCGAGAUAUCUGCUGUCGAAACAAUGAGACUCUGCUGCAUCAAGGUUUCUCACAGAAUGGCAAGGU